GCAGAAAAAAUCAAUAACAGUUUACUGUCAAACUUUUUGCAGUUCACAAAGAGGAGAAAAUUUUGCAUGGAGUAAACCUUGUGAAAUCUUUUGGGAAAUUUUAUCCUACAUCUCUCGUUAUUAGAUUUCAAGUUCCGUUUUCGAGUUACUAUCAGACUCACUGUUCUAGUCCGGUGUCAAUUCUAGGGAAUAAAUCGGCCGCGAAAAGUUUUCUGCGGAUCUAGUCAACAAACAGAGUAACGAUGAACAUCAAAAUGCCAGACUUCGAUGUUAAAAAAUUUGUCAAAGAUGCGGGAUCCACACUUUCCCGAGUAGUUCAACUUACGGAGGAAAAGUUGGGUACUUCGGAAAAGACGGAAAUGGAUUCCCAUUUCGAGAAUCUGAGCGAGCGGUCCGAAUGUACCAAAACAUGGACCGAAAAGAUUGUAAGGGAUACCGAAGCGGCUCUAAUACCGAAUCCAGCUAACCGAGUAGAAGAUUUCAUAUUCGAGAGAAUUGAAAAGGCCAAACCGAAGCGACUGAGUAAUCUCGAGUAUUUGGGGCUGGAUAUGAUCGAAGGCGGAGGUGAGUUCGGGCAGGAUGGUGCGUACGGUAGCGCGCUGAUAAAAGUCGGUCAAGCCGAGCAGAAGUUGGGUUCAUGCGAGAGGGAUUUCAUCGGUUCUGCCGGAUUGUGUUUCAUUCAGCCGCUGAAAAAGUUUUUGGAAGGUGAAAUGAAAACCAUUACCAAAGAGAAAGGUAUUCUGGAAAGCAAGAGACUGGAUUUGGAUGCUUGCAAAAAUAAAGUGCGCAAGGCGAGGAGCAUGCUAGGACAACAAACAAAGGACGGAAUUUCACCCGAAGCUGCUCUUGAGCAGGCUGAGCGGGAUCUAAGAGUUGCGCAAUCGGAAUUUGAUCGGCAAGCCGAAAUCACUAAGCUUCUUCUGGAGGGCAUAAGCACAACACAGGCAACACACCUACGACAUCUGCAUGCUUUUGUUGAGGCACAAGUUCGUUACUAUGGACAAUGUAAUAAAAUUAUGAGUGACCUGCAACGUGAAUUGGUCAGUCUGGGAGGUCCACAGCCGUACGUUCCGGUUGCAAGAUACGAGGAUGGCGAUGCAAGCCAUCUAUCCGGUCGUGCAAACAACAUCGAAUUGGGAGGUAACUCCGGUUACAAACGAGCUCGCGUUCUCUGCUCUUAUGACGCAAAAGAUGGCACCGAACUGAAUCUAACAUCGAAUGAGGUGAUAUUUGUGUGUGAGUGCAAUCCACCGAACAGUGACUACAUGAACGGAAAACAGGGUCUGCUCAAAGGUUUGGUACCGAAAGCUUUCCUCGAAAUAUUAGAUGAGUAACUUGUAAGGGACGCAGAAUUUACUUAGUUUGGCUACUCGAAUCUGAAAGGAUACCUAACUCUGUUUCAACAGAUUUUAUUUUUACGUUUUUUACACCAAUCAUCAGGAUUGCUGAUUGUUUACUAGUUACGUUCUAGAACCUGGCAAAUAUAUAAAUUGUUACGCCUAGUUGCGUUCAAAACAGGCAUUAUCGUUAAGUCCGAUCUAUCGGUUUUGUGUUUAUAUGGCACACAAAUAGCUUCCUAGUGCAUAGUGAAACAUUUCAGAGUGUGUAAAACAAAGUUUUAAAUCAAACACAUUUGUAUCGAUUGAAACAUUAAAAAUACGCUUGAUGGACUAAUUUCUGUCAAUUAUAACUCAAAUUACCAAACGGUUGGGGAUAUCAAUAUAAAUUUGCGAUAACAAAAGCUAACAACAAAGAAAGAACAAUAAUUAAGAAAAACAUUCCUACUCAUCAAAUUAUACGAAAUAAGCAUACAACACCCUCCUCAGAUAAACAAUAUUUGUGUGAUUGUGUGGCAAGUUGUUGAAUACUGUUGAUAUUAAGGAUAUCUAUAAAACGACGAACAUAAAACAAAAGACAUGGCCGUAAGCUUCAUGGACUUAGUCCACACUUCUUUUACAACUAACUCCAGAAGAACGAGUGGAAUAUGAAAUGAAGUUUACAGUUAAUAGACAUUAAACUCAAUCUCUCUAAUCUAUGAAAUAUCGUCUGAUGAAUCCUGACAACCCGUUUCCAACAUAUUGUUUCUCAACUCCUCUGAAAUGAUAUUAACGAAAAAAUAUUGUUAUUUAUUGCAAUUACUAGCGUUAAGCAACUAUACUAGUAUAUUUGAAACUACUGCUAUUCAAGCGCGUUAUAAAAAAUGAAGAUCGACAAGGAAAUGUGAAAACAGAAUGAACCCAUUUGUGGGAACUGGAAAGUAAAAAAAAUAUAUUUCAGACUUCUUCCAAUACGUGUUAAUGUUUGUCGGAAACUUUUAUCUUGCUAGCUUUCCAAGUUUGCGAACAAUCAAAUGCUACGAAAAAUAAAAAUAUUGAUUUGAAAAAAUAAA